ACGGAAUCCAUGUUAAAAGCGGAAGCAGCUGAUCGCGGCGGAACUGAUGAGCGGCGGAACGGAAGUGCUCAGUAUGUGUUUCCAGCGGACCGGAUGUUAUGGUUAAGACGCUGUGAGCAGCAGGUGUGAUGGGAGUUCAUGGACUGUGGAGGCUCUUGGAAAGCACGGGAAAACCCGUCAAUCCCGAAACACUGGAGGGGAAGAUCUUGGCUGUCGACAUCAGUAUCUGGCUGAAUCAGGCGGUCAAAGGUGUUCGGGAUCGAGACGGGAACGCGGUUCAGAACGCUCAUCUCCUCACGCUCUUCCACCGGCUCUGCAAGCUGCUGUUCUUCCGCAUCCGGCCCGUGUUUGUGUACGACGGAGACGCGCCGCUGCUCAAGAAACAGACGCUGGCCAUCCGGAGACAGCGGAGGGAGGAACUGAGCCGUGAGUCCCGACAGACCAAUGAAAAACUCCUCCGGACGUUUCUGAAGAGACAGGCCAUCAAAGCAGCUCUCGGGGAUCAAAGUCAGGAACCAAUUCCCAGCCUGUCGUCUGUGAGGCGGGAUGAUCAGGAUGAUAUGUACGUUCUUCCCGCGCUUCCUGCGGACGAGGACCAAGACAAGAGCAGUUCAGAGGAGGAAAGAGACGGAGACGAAUCGACCUUCAACAGAUUUCAGGAAGAGAUCUAUGACAAUCCUAACUCUGUAGACAUCAACUCGGAGGAGUUUUCCCUCAUGCCUCCGGAGAUCAAACACGAAAUCUUGAAAGAACUGAAGGAAUUCAACAAGAGGCGACGCACUCUGUUCCACAAACCCCCGGAGAGGUCAGGUGAGUUCUCGCAGUAUCAGCUGGCCGGUCUCCUGCAGAGGAACAAGCUCAACCAGCGUCUGGAGGGAGUGGAGCAGGAGAUGAACCAGCGCAGCUCUGGAGGAGCGGAGAGCAAAGAUCACGACAUGGAGGUCCGCCGGCUCGUGUCUGAGGACUCGUCCCACUACAUCCUCAUCAAAGGGUCUCAGAAGAAGCCCAGCGCUCCAGAGAGUCAGUCGGCUCCAGCAUUGUGGUCCAGCUGUCCGUGGGAAAGUAAAGGGAAGCCUAAAGGAAAGCCGGAGCCCUUGUGGCGGCCCAUGACAGAGGAGGAGGAGAACAAGCCUUCCUACUCGUCCUCCUGUGCUGAGGAGGAUCUGCCGGCGUCUGGAGGAGCACCGGCGUCUCCUCGCACACUUCAGGCCAUCCAGAGCGCCAUGAUGGACAGCAGCUCUGAGGAGGAAGCCAUCGAUACCAGAGGACACAAGACGACUGGAUCUGAUGGAAAAGACGGAAGCGCGUCGCCUCGAACUCUACAGGCCAUCCAAAGCGCCAUGAUGGACAGCGGCUCUGAGGAGGAAAUCCAGAGGAAAACCAGAGGACGCAGGACGACUGGAUCUGAUGAUGAAGAUAGAAGUGUGUCACCUCAAACUCUACAGGCCAUCCAGAGCGCCAUGAUGGACAGUGGCUCUGAGGAGGAAGCCGGCAAAACCAGAGGAUGCAGUGCGACUGGAUCAGAUGAUGCAGAUGGAAGCGUGUCACCUCGAACUCUACAGGCCAUCCAGAGCCCCGUCACGGAGCCGACGGUCCACAAGCGCAGGGCGUACGUCAUCACGAGCAGCUCAGAGGACGAGGAUGAAGCGGGUGCGAUCGUUUCCUCACAGGAAGAGUCUUCAGAAUCAAAGCCUCAGGCCAAAUCGCCUCUUAUUCCCGGUUCUGCAGUAGAGACACGUGAGCCACGAGACGCCACAGUAAAUCUGCAUCUGAAGCAAAGACACCCGAACACUUCCUCUGAUCAUCUACCUGUGAAUACAGACAGAACAGAAGAAAACAAACUCAAGAGUGAAGAUGAUGAGGAAAGCGGCUCUGAAGAGAGUUUUAUUGAGGUGUCUGAUGUGGAGGAACCACCUGAAACACAGCAAUCUCACGUCAAAGCAGAAGAAGCAGCUGAUAAAAGCCCCUCAGAGGAGAGCGAGGAGGAAGAGGAGGAGAGCAGAGAGGAAGAGUCUGGCAUUCAGAGCUCAGAUAAGAGUGAUGAAGUCAGCGAGGCCGUAGAUGAAGCUCCUGCUGCCGCUAGCGAGUGGGAUCACAUCGACACGGAGGAGCUGCUGCAGCUGGACAGACACCUGCAGGACGAGCAGACGAGUCUGAGAGAGCAGCAGCAGCAGCAGGAGCGCAGCAGCACCAGCGUCACGGGUCAGAUGUGCCAGGAGAGUCAGGAGCUGUUGCGUUUGUUCGGUGUGCCGUUCAUCGUGGCGCCCAUGGAGGCUGAAGCCCAGUGUGCGGCUCUGGACCGCCUGGACCAAACGCACGGCACCAUCACCGACGACAGCGACAUCUGGCUCUUCGGCGGCCGGCACGUCUACAAGAACUUCUUCAACCAGAACAAAUACGUGGAGCAUUACCAGUCAGCUGACAUGCAGAACCAGCUAGGUCUGGACCGGAGCAAACUGAUCAAUCUGGCGUAUCUGCUGGGCAGCGAUUACACCGAGGGGAUUCCCGGAGUGGGAUUCGUCACAGGGAUGGAGAUCCUCAAUGAGUUUCCCGGCGCUGGAUUAGAGCCGCUCCUUCAGCUCAGUGCGUGGUGGGCUGAAGCUCAGGAGAACAAGAAGCUGUCUGCCAAUCCCAAAGACACAAAAGUCAAGAAGAAACUGAGGAAUCUUCAGCUUCAUCCUGGUUUUCCCAACCCUGCCGUGGCCCAUGCUUACCUGCAGCCCAGCGUCGACCAAUCAGACGCCUCGUUCAGCUGGGGCCGCCCACACCUGGAGCUCAUUAAAGAGUUCUGCUUGAACCGCUUCGGAUGGAACAGCAGGAAGACUGAAGAAACGCUACAGCCGGUGCUCAGACAGCUCCAGACGCAACAGACGCAGCUGCGCAUCGAUUCGUUCUUCCGUCUGGAGCAGCAGGAGAGGCAGACGAUCCGCAGCCAGCGCCUGCGCAGAGCCGUCACCUGCCUCAAGAGGAAAGAGAGAGAGGAGGAAGAGGACGAGGAAGAGACCUCUCCGUCUAAACAGGGCAGGACCGAGGCCUCGCCGUCAGCCGCUGUGGGGCCGUCAGCAGGAGGAUUCAUAGGGUCAGCGGUUCACGCAGACAUACAAGACGAGACCAGGGGUGGAGAGGUGGGCGGAGCUACGCAGCACAGGACGCUGAUGUCAUCGAGGGCGGAGUCAAGCAGCUCCAGCUCAGAGGAUGAUGCUGAAUGUGGGAGGGGCGUUGCUAUGGUUACAGCUCGUUCUGUGUUCGAUGGGAAAACGAGAGGAAGAGGGAAACGAGGAGGAAGAGGAAGGAGCAAAAACAGAUCGUGACGACAAACGUAUUUAUUAACGAUAGCAUCAGAGAGAUGAAAAAUAUCUAACAUUCUGUGUGAUCAUGUAAAGUGUCAACAAUAUUUACAUUAGAUCUGAGGACUAUUGCUACUUUUCUAUUUCUAUUUUAUAUUAUGAAUUUUGAAGAAAAAAGAACAAUAAAAGUCUACAAAAAAAAAACUAAAUGUGUUUUCAUGAUACAGAUUGUCCACAGACUAUCAUAAGAAGGUCAUGUGAAAUCAUACUAUAUUCUAUUAAUGAUGUACACCAUAAUUAUUCAGAUGUCUCUCCAUUUAGAGAGAUCUAGGUCCAUCUAGUGGUUGUAAGAAGAAUCUCGUUUACAACAUUUGGACGAUCGGACGAGGUCAAACAUUAGUUGCACUAUUUUUGCACUUUUUUUUAUUCAGAAUUUCUAUAAUGAGUAAGUUCAUCAUGAAUCCAUCUUCCAAACCGUGCUUCUUUCUUAUCCUGAAGAGUUUCCAUAUUCAGUCACAGGGGGCGCUAAAGCAUCAUCUGCAUUAUGAGAGUCAUGUUGCUGCUGCAGGCCCCAGAAAUCAUACUAAAAAUCAUAAAUUAUCUCUAUCGCAGUAGCAUCAGUUUUCUUAACUGUCGUAAUUGCAUCAGCAGAUUCAACACAUUCAUGGAGUCUGUGUACAAAUAUUCAAAUAAGCACAGUAUUGUCAAAGCUUUUGAAGGCCUAAAAUUAUUAGUGAAAUAAAGAUGUGUUUCCAUAUUCAGUCACAAGGGGGAGCUUGCUGAAAAGCUUUUCAUGGGGUGAAGAUUCAUAUUGGUGGUUUAGUUGGUCUGUGGAGUUUCGUUAUGGUUUGUGGGAAGAAAAGAAAGGCUGAUUAAACCAAAACAAUGAUUUUAUCAGAGAUUUGUUCACCUCAGACAUCUGUGCAUCAGUAUGUUUGGAAACUGUAUAUCAUCAUCUGAAUGAAAAAUGUCAUUUAAGUGUAAGUUAAAUUGCACCAUUGCAAAAACUAUUUUGUUAAAAUGUUAAAGCAUUUUCACUUCAAAUUUGUUUGUAUUUUAUUUUUCACAAAACAAAUGGUUGCAAAAAAUGGUGCCGUACAAACCCACUGUGAUAUCUGACAAUAAAUAAAUGUGAUAGGCUAUUUAUGUUUAUUAAUUUAUUGUAUUGUUGUAAAUAAGUUUUGUUGCAGGGGUCAUGAAUCAGUCUUGUGUCAAAGACAUAAGCAAUGUUAAAAAACAAAAGGUUUUUUGAAAAUGAACCUUAAUGUAAAGUGGAAACUUGAAUCAUGUCUUUAUUUAUAACAUUUAUAACUCAUGAAUAAAUGGUUCACCCUUCAUUAGGGUUCACAGGUAACUAAUUAUAUUUUUCAUUAUUAAUAUCUCAUC